AUGGGCCCCUGUACCGCCUCCUCAUGCUGCUGCCAGGCCCGUAAUCUGCCAUGGGCCCCCGUACCGACUCCUCAUGCUGCUGCCAGGCCCGUAAUCUGUCAUGGGCCCCUGUACCGCCUCCUCAUGCUGCUGCCAGGUCCAGAGUGUGUCAUGGGUCCCUGUACGGCCUCCCAUUGCUGCUGUCUCCAUCGCCACACUCUGCCAUGUGCCACUUUCAGGUCUCCUCACACUGCUGGUGGGUUCCAUUUUUUCAUAGGGUGCUGUAUGGCCUCUCAUUGCUGCUGCCUCCACCGCCACACUGUGGCUCCACACUCUGGUUUUGGCCCCGUGACUGCCCAAAUGAGUGAAGUGUGCGGUGAUUCUAAGAUCGACGGCACUCAUCUGCAUGUCAUACUGCCUGACAGUAUUAUUUCUCUUCCCCAGCAGACUCCAAGGGCAUUUAAAUUAAAGGUACAGUGUUCUGCACUAAUAUAA